UUUCCGAAUGGAAUAAAUAAGGCCCUUCACUUCAGUACCCUUCUCAAAGGAAUACGAUCUAUUGAUCCAAAAGAUACAAUCAUAGAGGAGAAACAACAAGAGAGAUCGAGAGAGAUGGCAGAUUUGGUGGCAUAUCCUAUGAAGAGUGGACAUGGCCUCUACAGCUACAGCAAAAACUCUACUUUUCAGAGAAAAGCUAUAGAUGCUGGCAAGGAACUGAUCAAAGAAGCAAUUUCUGAAAAGCUUGAUAUCAAAAGCUUCUCUUCUUCAAACACCUUUCGAGUUACAGAUUUAGGCUGCUCUGUUGGGCCUAACACAUUCCAUGCAGUGCAAAACAUAGUGAAUGCUGUGGAGCAAAAGUAUCAAAGCCAAGGACACAAUUCUCAACUCCCUGAAAUCCAAGUUUUUUUCAGCGAUCACACCUCCAAUGAUUUCAAUGAGCUCUUCCAAUCUCUGCCUCCAGACAGGAGUUACUACGUGGCGGGUGUUCCAGGCUCUUUUCAUUCUCGUUUAUUUCCCAAGGCCUUUAUUCACUUUGCCUACUCUUCAUAUGCUCUCCAAUGUCUCUCUAAAGUGCCAGAAGAAGUGGUGGACAUGAACGCUCCUGCUUGGAACAAAGGGAGGAUUCAUUACUCGAAGUCUGCAGACCAAGUUGUCAAGGCAUACACAGCUCAGUAUGCCAAGGACAUGGAGUGCUUUCUAAAUGCUAGAGCCCAAGAGAUUGUGUGUGGAGGGUUGAUGGCCUUUGUUGUCCCAGGCCGCCCCAAUGGAAUCUCUCAUACAGAAGUUACGGUGAUAGAACUCCUUGGAUCCUGCCUCAUGGACAUGGCCAAGAAGGGUAUCAUUUCUGAAGAAAAAGUGGACUGCUUUAAUAUCCCACAAUAUACUGCUUCUCUGGAAGAAGUAGAAGCGAUUGUGAAAGCGAAUGGAUAUUUCAGCGUAGAAAUAAUGGAAAACUUGACACAGGAAAAACCACCACCCAAGGUGAUUGCCUUUAGUGUGAGAUCCGGAAUUGAGGGAAUGAUUCGGAAGCAUUUCGGAGAUGAGAUUAUGGAUGAGCUUUUUGAUUCAUUUGGCAAGAAACUUGAAGAAUCCUCCUCCGUCCCCAAAUCAAAGAAAUCAAUUAGCUUGUUUGUUUUACUCAAAAGCAGAGCAACUGAAUAA